ACGUGCUAGUCGUUGUAGAGAUGAAAUUUGUACAAUACCCGUUGGUCGCCGUCUAUGCCGGCUGAGUUGAGAGCGAUACGGGCUGGAGUGAAUAUGAGCUAAAUAGUCGCCCACAUCAGAUGGUUAAAGACGCGCCACUUCCAUCACUCGGCAUUGCAAUUUCCAUCGUGUUGCCAAGAGUCGCCUGAUGGAAAACGAUACUGAUGGGUCUUCGAAGUUCGUCGCUUGCGAAAAAGAACAACCAGACAUUGACAUGGGUUUUACACAACAAGAACCCUUCUCACGAAAAUUCAGACAGGAAGUCACACGAAAUAAAAUCUAUAGCCGACUCAAUAAUGCCCCAGUACAGAGAAAUAAAAUACAAUAAUCAUGUGAUACAUAGACCGAGAAGGCAAAGGGUUCGCGCCCAACCAGAUGAUGUAAUAGACUACGGGAAACCCGGUCAAACAUAUGGAUAUGGCAUAACUAACUUGGAUGAAUUUCUCUCUAAGUCAUCGAUCGGCCGUCCGGGUAAUAUACCAAUGGUAUUGUGCGCGGGUUGUCUGCUGUACCAAACGCAAUUGGACGACCAUUACCAAACAGAGGUGGCGUUACCGUUAGGCAUGGUCGUCAACGCCGUGUUCAAGCAGGCCGACUGGCUGUACGUGCAGACGCCACACGCCGAAGAGGGCUACAUACCGUACAAGUGUUGCUUACCGCUGGGUAUCAUACCACCAAUGGGGGCGGUCGACAGCGGCACGCCUUGCUGGGAGACGCAGUCGGACGUGUUUCCCCGGCCGUUGGGUGUAAGGAGAUCGCGGCGGACACGGUCGACGGUGGCAGGUCAGGUCGAAAGCCCUGUGACCGACCACGUCCGGAAAGCGGUGUACGACAUAGCCCCAAUCAACAACGAUAAUCAUCGACCGCCGAGAGUGGGUCCCAAUACAUUGCUCGUGGUCCACCGAGAUUUUCUGGGUUCGCCGUCAGACGGUACGCUAACCGUGGCCAAAGGCGACGUUCUCACGCUGACUGUCGAAAAAAACGAACCGGCCACAACCGCGGACGGCUGGUUUUGGGUCCGCGACGGCCGUGGACAGGAAGGUCUAGUACCCGCGUCCCUGACCGGUUACGGAUAUCUUUAAACGGUAUCGUCAGCAAUGAUAAUUAGUAGCAGAAGAUGAAUGAUAACUUAUUAAUCGCUUAAUUCCGAUUUGUAUCACAACAAUGUAACAUUGUAAUUAUUACAACAAAAUUGAGAUCAUUGGUGUAAGGGCAAGUUAAAUGCUCUAGCAGUAAGUAAUUAGUAGCUUAUAAAUAAUCGAUUACGUUAAAUACCGUUUACAAUUUGAUAUUUAAUCGAUUUAAAAUUUUUUUUUUUUAUAAGAAACGUAUUACACUAUUAUUGGUAAAUAAUAAAUUUAUCUAUUUGUCAGUUGUCAUAUAUUAACAACGGUGAAAACUUAAAACUUUAUUAAAACUGGACAGAUCAUAGUAGUGUACAUAAUUUUAUUUUUGUUCACUUAUAUAGUUUAUAAAGUAAUUUUAUCGUAAUACAAUUGUGUACAUCCAAAAUACGAAGCUACUACUAAGCUGAAUUUAAUAUAACAGGACACCAUUAAAAGACAAUUUUAGAAAACAAAUAACUCAUCCCUCAAAUUUAAACUCUAAACUCUGAUUUUCAGGAAAUUUUUUUCUGAUAGCAUUAUUACAUAAUAUAUUUUUUUCCUAUACGUCCAUGGUGACCCGGGGGUAGACUCGCUUGAUGAGACAUUACUUCCCCCGGGUUUCUGACGCCGUUUAUUAGAACACAAUACACAGUUACAACUUUGUUGAGAAGGUGAUUUAUUUAAUAUUUAUUAAACUUGUUAUAUUAAUAUUACUAAUUUAUAAUAAACGAUUGAAUCAGU